AUGAAUGGAGGCAGAUUGCGAUGGACUGACAACCUGUCCAGGGUGAACCCGCCUCCCGCCCAUAGACUGCUGGAGAUCGACCCACUAUGGAUGAAGCUGUAUAGAAGGGAGAAGAUGAUCUGCAGGAUCCUGCUGCUCAUCAUCCUCAACUCAUGUCUCUGUGCAGCAACAUUUGUAGUGAAUGAGACACAGAGCUGCUAUCAGGCAGAGGAGAACCACAACAUCACUCUGGAGUGGGCCUUCACCACCAGACCUCAUGGAUCCUGGAGAUAUCUGUUUAUUGACUGCAGCUUGUUAGCUCCUCACAGAGAACUGGUUCUGUAUCAGGUCCAUGAUGGUGUUGAGGUGUCAGAGUCUCAGGAUGAACAGUUUUCAGGACGAGUCCAGAGUGACAAAGACGUCCUCAGAGAAGGACGAAUCAGACUCCAUGUGUCCAGACUGAGGACUGAAGACUCUGGUCUGUAUCCGUGUGACGUGAUGAAUGAUGAAGGUUCUGGUUCUGGAAAAUGUUGUCUCAACGUCUCUGCAGCUGCUGAUGUCUCCCCAACCCAGAGACCGACUGUGGAUCCAGAACCAGGAGGUCCAGGAUGGAUCUUCCUCUAUGUUUUACUGGGACUGACAGCAGCAGCAGCAGCAGCUAUGAUGGUCAAACUUCUCCUAAACUAUUAUUUCAAAGCAUCAAACUCAUAUUCAGUCAUUUAACAGAACCCUGAAGGUUCCUGAAGCUGCUAUAGGAAGAGUUAAAUAAGAGAUGCCCUCUAGUUUAAUUCUUCAUUAUGUGGAGAUAUAUUAUGUGUGUGCAUUAUUAUUAUUAUGUUCAUAAACAGUGUGGGAAAUAAAAUGUAUAACCUGUGUUAGUAUAAGACAUUGUGCCUUGUUGCAAAAACUUGGCCUUGAGUGUGGUGAAGCAGAAAAAUAAUGAAGAACUGUAGGGGUAGGAAAAGGAUGUGAAAAGAUUAACGGGCCAAGUACUCCCUUCUCAUAUCAGUAGAAAAAGCAGAGUGCAGGUGCAGGAAAAGUAAGCAGGAUAAUAACUUUCUAAAUAUGGUAGGCCGGAAAAGUUGGUACGUAACUAUAUGUGUGAAAAAACUGUAAUCAGGGCGCUGCCCAGUUUCAUGUGUGUUUUAAUAAAAACAAUGAGCCCACCUAGAAGCUCCGAAGUUGUGUGUGUGUCCCACAGAGAGCUUCCCCUGGGCCAGGUACUCUAAAUUCAAUA